GUCAAAAGUCAAUGCUCAGAGCACGCGGUUGGGACGAAAUUGAAGAGUCUACCAAGAGUUAGAUGGUCCAGACCCUCGCAAAAGCUCUACUCAGAAAAUUUGUUCAAUUAUAUAAGAGAUUCAGUUAUGGUAAUUGGUACAUACUUUCAGCGAGCAACCUAGCUAAUUGUGAUCGACCCACUUCAGAAAAUCUGCCAUGGGCGAGAAAGAACAGGCUAAGCCUUUGGCUCCGGCAUCCCACAGGAUCCACGUAGAGGAAGGAGCUGAAGCUCAGUCCAUGGAGACUAAAAAGUACAACAGGAGGAGGUGCAUCAAAUGCUGUGGCAUCUCUACCGCCCUCAUAUUGAUUCUAGCUGCGACCAUGUUGGUGCUUGCUUUCACCGUAUUUCGCGUUAAAAAACCCGUUUUGAAGAUGAACUCCGUCAAGGUCGAAGGAUUGGACGUUGCUAUGGAGGCAAAUUUUCGUCUGGGGACAAACGUGACACUUGUAGCAGAUGUCUCGAUGAAAAAUCCGAACGUGGCCUCCUUCAAGUUAGAUAAUUCGACGACUUAUCUUUUCUAUGGUGGCAAGAUGGUUGGGGAAGCCAAGACUCCGCCGGGGCAUGCCAGGGCGAGGCGGACGAUGCAUAUGAAUAUCACGGUGGAUAUUCUGGCAGAUCAACUGCUGGAUGUGCACCGGCUGUGGAGUGAUCUGCAAGCAGGGGCUUUGCCUAUGGGUAGCUACACAAGAAUAAGUGGCCUAUUGGGUUGGGUGCCAGACCAAGUCAACAAGCAGCCAUUAUCCUCCUGGGACGACACGAAAUUGAUCGUGGAACAACUUACUAGUCACUGGUCUAGAGUCCAGACAUAGACUAGCCCAAUUCGGGUGGUAAAAUAGUUCCAUUGUGUUGAUAUAUGGACUGUAGGUUUAAUAACACUACGCGAAUAACGCAUAUACGUAUUAUUGGGCUCUUCAAUCAAAAUAGUACUUCAGUCCAGAAGCACCCAAAUGUAAAAGAUUUAAUUAUUGAAAGAAAUGAAGUUUAACUGAGUUUUCAGCUUC